AUGAGUGUCAUCUUGUGUACAGCUGGCUAUGAUCAUACCAUCCGAUUCUGGGAAGCUCUUUCAGGCAUAUGCAGCCGCACGAUUCCACACCCAGACUCGCAGGUCAACCGCUUGUGCAUAUCUCCAGACAAGCGUUUUCUUGCUGCUGCCGGACACCAUACUGUGAAGCUUUAUGACAUCAAAUCUACGAACCCAGCUGCCGUCUUGACAUUCGAAGGUCACACCAACAAUAUCACUGGACUUGCUUUUCACUGCGAGGGUAAAUGGAUGGUGACAAGUUCGGAAGAUGGCACAGUGAAGAUCUGGGAUACACGCACUGGUCACGUUCAGCGUAACUACAGCCAUGGCGUUCCUGUCAAUGAUGUGGUUAUUCAUCCGAACCAGGGUGAGCUCAUUAGCUGUGACAGAGGUGGCAACGUGCGAAUCUGGGACCUUGCAGAGAACAAAUGCUCACAUCAGUUGAUACCGGAAGAGGACAAAUCUGUCGCUUCGGUCACUGUCGCGUCCGAUGGCUCUCUGCUCUGCGCUGCCGUUAGCAACAGUCAGAUCGGCUCAGUCUACGUCUGGCGUAUAAUAACGGCCAAGGAUGUGACGACGCUGGUGCCUGUUACGAAGUUCAACGCCCACAACACAUACAUCACACGCGUUCUACUAUCUCCCGACGUCCGCCACCUGGCUACUUGCUCUGCAGACCACACAGCGCGUAUCUGGUCAGUCGACUUGUCAAGUCACAACGCCAUCGCUGCUGGGCCUGGAGACAAGGAUAGCAGUGCAUUUGAGCUCGAGCAGGAACUCGACGGCCACCAGCGCUGGGUCUGGGACUGCGCGUUCAGUGCCGACAGCGCCUACUUGGUAACAGCUUGCAGUGACCACUACGCGCGGUUAUGGGAGCUGAGCUCCAAGCAAGUCAUCAGACAGUACAACGGACAUCAUCGUGGAGCGGUUUGCGUGGCACUGAACGAUUACUCGGAAACUAGAUAG